AUGGCGUACCGAUGGACGACCCGGGAAAAAUUCAAGCGCGGCGUAUGGUCCGUCGCCGUCGCGGCCGUCAUCUCCGUCGGCGCCGUCACGGGCGCCCAGCUCAAGACGGACAAGCAAAAGAGACAGGCGGCCAAGCAGUUGCAGACGACCCCGACGGCCGAGCAAAUCGCCAUUUUGGAGGCGCAAAAGGUCCAUUUGCUCCAGCAAAAGGCUGGGCUGGAGCGCAGACUCGCCCUGUUCAGGGAGCGUGCACAGGAGCGCGAGGCUGGGAAAAAGUAA